UUUCUCCCUGUUGCAACUUGUAAUAAACCAAAUAGAUUUUUGAUUGACUAUCCUCGACUGCUUUUCUCUUUUGUUCAAUUUAUUUUACAUCACCCUCCCUCCUUUCAGGUGAACCUGAAUCUCAGUGAGAGAGUGAGAGAGGAAGGCCAUCCUGUCUGUAUCCCCAGGCUGAGCACUCACACACAGAGGGAUGAUGAGGCUAGGCUGGGUUCGAGGGCUGGCCCCUUUGCUGGCCAUGGCUGCUGGAAUACUCUACAUCACAUCCAUUAAGCAGGAGGUUCAUUCUCAUGGGGAGAGACUGCAGGGGGCCCAUCAGAAUGAAUCGGCCAGGGGCCAGGACAUUCUCGAGAGGCUGGAGAAGAUGGAGGCUCACAUCGAGAAGCUGUUGAAGUCAAUCAACAAUGGGAUCAGUCUGAAAGAGGGGCAGGCUGUGAAGGCUCCCGAGGUCAAGAAGGAGAGGAAGGUGGUGAAGAAGGUGUACCCUAACUCAGCUCUGUUUACACGCUGGGGUGAUGAGCUCUCAGAGGAGGAGCAGAAAGAGGCAGAGGGGCUGUUUCAGAUGUAUGGAUACAACGCCUUCCUGAGUGACAGACUACCCCUGAACAGGGAAAUCCCUGAUACUCGCGAUCCUAAGUGUGCUAAGCACCAGUAUCCCCAUGACCUGCCCACCAUCAGCGUGGUGUUGAUCUACUUGGACGAGUCCCUGUCAAUCAUCAAGAGAGCCGUCCGCAGCAUCAUAGACAAGACCCCCCAGCGCCUGCUCAAAGACAUUAUACUGGUGGAUGACCACAGCUCCAAUGGUUCCACUGAUUUGCAAGUGUGUGCUUUCACAGAGGAUCUAAAGGAGAAGUUGGAUGCAUAUAUCAGCUUCAUCCAUGAAGAGUGUCCCGGCCUGGUGAAGAGAGUGAGACACUCAGAGCAGCUCGGUCUCACACAGGCCCGCCUCUCAGGGUGGAGGGAAGCUACAGGAGAUGUGGUGGCCAUCUUGGAUGCCCACAUAGAGGUCCAUGUGGAAUGGGCGGAGCCUCUGUUAGCUCGGAUAAAGGAGGACCGCACGUUGGUGUUGACACCGGUGUUUGACAAAGUCCAUUUCGAUGACUUGACAGUCACACGUUAUGGGCCUGCUGCAGAUGCCUUUGACUGGGCCCUGUGGUGUAUGUAUGAGUCCUUCAGACCUGAGUGGUAUGCCUUGAAAGACGAGUCACAGCCAGGAAAGAGCCCCUCCAUUAUGGGCAUACUAGUGGUUGAUCGCCUGUUCUUUGGGGAAAUUGGUGCUCUGGAUGGUGGUAUGAAGAUCUAUGGAGGGGAAAAUGUUGAACUGGGUAUCCGGGUGUGGCUAUGUGGUGGAAGUGUCGAGGUCAUACCUUGUUCUAAAAUAGCCCACAUCGAGAGGGCCCAUAAACCCUAUCUCCCUGACCUGAGCAUUACAAUGAAGAGGAAUGCUCUGAGAGUGGCUGAGGUCUGGAUGGAUGACUACAAACAUAAUGUCAACAUUGCCUGGAACAUCCCACUGAAGGAUCACGGCAUAGACAUUGGGGAUGUUUCAGAGAGGAAGAAGUUGAGAAAGAGACUGAACUGCAAACCCUUCCAGUGGUAUCUGGAUAACGUGUAUCCCAUGUUAGACCCCCUGGGUGACUUGCUUGGUUAUGGAGCUCUGGUCAAUGACCAGAAGACGGAUCUCUGUAUAGAUCAAGGCCCAGUUCCGGGGAACACACCUAUUUUAUAUGGAUGCCAUUAUUUUGGUCCACAGAGCUGUUAUUAUCGAGCCAGUGGCGAGAUCUACAUUGGAGGCAUCAAGUCUCACAAGUACAACAGUAAUCGCUGUCUGGUGGACACCGGCACUCGAACCCCAGGGCUGUAUGAGUGCAAGGUGGCCCAGCAGAAGAGAUUCCACAUGCUCUGGGAAUUUCAACAGGGAAAAGCCAUCCAGAACAGACAGACAAAGAGAUGUCUGGAGAUUGCCCCAGGGGAGGACACCUACUACCAGCUCAUCAUUCAGGAGUGUAGUGGGCAGCACUGGAACAUACAGAAUCUGAUUAAAGACUUCUGAUACACAGAGAUUAGUUAGGCCUACCAGAGACAAUACAAGUGGGAAGGUGGUAUUUACCACAUACGACUGGUAAAAGUCCACUUGAACGUCCCUCCAACUGGUAAUUACUAGUGGGAAACUCUUCUAUCAUCCCUGAGCUCCGACUUCUCCCACAUGCUGACCUCUGACAUCAUCUACUAAGGAAAUUACUUUUUUUACAGCAUUUUCAGCAGUUCAAUGCAACAAAACGUUCUUUACAAAAAUCUAUCUAUAAAUAUGUUUUUGAACACUAUAAUUUAACAAACAUGAUAGCUGAACUCAUAGCUUAUGGUUGACGCGACUUGUUGGCCAUUAGCCAAUCGGCUUUUCUCAAAUAGUUCAAAGCACGUGAAUGCAUCCAACUAGUAUUUACGACUUCAUAACUGGUAAUUACCACCUUCCCACUUUGUUAUGAACACAUCACUAUCAUCAUUCUUUGAAAAUGCUAUCUUAGUCAGCAGUGAGAUGACUGUGAUCUUAGUGAGCUGUUGGUUGUAUACAGUGGCGACGCGUCAUUCAGGGCAGGUGUUUUGUGCCCCCCCUGAUUAUCCAAAAAAUAUAACAUUUACAGUACCAGUCAAAGUGUCACGGCUUCUAUGAGUAGUGGGUGGAGAAGUCAGGCGCAGAGAGCAGGGUAGUUCAGAAGAUGUGGAUUGUUAUUUUCCAAAAACCCAGAGAGACGGUCACGCCACACACACAAGGGCGCAAAAGCUGGCGGGCCUACUGGGUUUAAAUAGCCCACAAUCAAAACCUAAACACAAAACAGGUGCAACUAAUCAGACACAACUAAAUGAAACAGAAAAGGGGAACGGUGUCAGCUAGUAGGCCGGCGACGACGACCGCCGAGUGCCGCCCAAACAGGAAGAGGCACCAACUUCGGCGGGAUUCGUGACACAAAGGUUGGACACACCUACUCUUUCAAGGGUUUUUAUUUAUUUUUAAUAUGUUCUACAUUGUAGAAUAAUAGUGAAGACAUCAAAACUAUGAAAUAACACAUGUAAUCGUUUAGUAAACAAAAAAGUGUUGGAACAAAUCAAAAUAUAUCUUGUAUUUGAGAUUCUUCAAAGUAGCCACCCUUUGCCUUGAUGACAGCUUUGCACACUCUUGGCAUUCUCUAAGAUAGAAAAUCAUUCCAGGUGAAGCUAACAGUCUUGAAGGAGUUCCCACAUACGCUGAGCACUUGUUGGCUACUUUUCCGUCACUCUGCGGUCCAACUCAUCCCAAACCAUCUCAAUUGGGUUGAGGUCAGGUCAUUGUGAAGGCUAGGUCAUCUGAUGCAGCCCUCCAUCACUCUCCUUCUUGGUCAAAUAGCCCUUACACAGCCUGGAGGUGUGUUGGGUCAUUGGUCCUGUUUAAAAAGAAAUGAAAGUCCCACUAAGUGCACACCAGAUGGGAUGACGUAUCGCUGCAGAAUGCUAUGGUAGCCAUGCUGGUUAAGUGUGCCUUAAAUUCAAAAUAAAUCAUAGACAGUGUCACAAGCAAAGCACCCCCACCAUCACACCUCCUCCUCCAUGCUUCACAGUGGGAACUACACAUGCGGAGAUCAUCCGUUCACCUACUCUGUGUCUCACAAAGACACAAUGGUUGGAACCAAAAAUUUCUAAUUUGAACUCAUCAGACCAAAGCACAGAUUUCCACUGGUCUAAUAUCCAUUGCUCAUGUUUAUUGGUCAAAGCAAAUCUCUUCUUCUUAUUGGUGUCCUUUUUUGAUGGUUUUGUUGCAGCAGUUCGACCAUGAAGGUCCGAUUCACACAGUCUCCUCUGAACACUUGAUGUGUGUCAUGAAGAAUUUAUUUGGGCUACAAUCUGUGGUGCAGUUAUGAACUUAUCCUCUGCAGCUGAGGUAACUCUGGGUCUUCCUUUCCUGUGGUGGUCCUCUUGAGAGCCAGUUUCAUCAUAGAGGUUGAUAGUUUUUGUGACUGCACUUGAAGAAACUUUCAAAGUUCUCGAAAUGUUCCGUAUUGACUGACCAUCAUGUCUUCAUGUAAUGAUGUCUUGUCAUUUCUCUUUGCUUAUUUGAGCUUGUCUUGCCAUAAUAUGGACUUGGUCUUUUAUUAAAUAGGGCUAUCUUCUGCAUACCACCCCUACCUUGUCACCACACAACUGAUUGGUUCAAACACAUUAAGAAAUAAAUAAUUCCACAAAUUAACUUUUAACAAGGCACAUCUGUUAAUUGAAAUGCAUUCCAGGUGACUACCUCAUGAAGCUGGUUGAGAGAAUACCAAGAGUGUGCAAAGCUGUCAUUAAGGCAAAGGGUGGCUACUUUGAAGAAUCUCAAAUAUAAAAUAUAUUUGGAUUUGUUUAACACUUUUUUUGUUAUUACAUGAUUCCAUAUGUGUCAUGUCAUAGUUUUGAUGUCUUCACUAUUAUUCUACAAUGUAGAAAAUAGUAAAAAUAAAGAAAAACUCUUGAAUGAGUAGGAAUGUCCAAACUUGACUGGUACUGUAUAUAUAUAUAUUUUUGUGCCUGUUUUGCAUGUUAUUUUAGCAUUUAAUACGUGUCACAUAUCAGUUGGCAAACAAUGUAAAAAAAAUAUAUACAUGUAUAUUGAGUCAAUAAAGCUGCAUACA